GCGUGUGACGUCGCUCUGACCACAGAGCCCAACCCCCAACGCCCCUCCGCUUUAAAGUAUCGGCGCAAGGAAGGAACCCCGUGGGUCGAGUCCUCCAGGCAACAGCGAGAGACGUCGUCGACAUCACCGCUCACCACCGCCACCAUCUCCACUCGACAGCGGUAGCGCAGAGAACGACCGACUCGGCACAAUCACACCCCCGCGACCUGAAGCCAUGGUGCUGCACGCGGGGUUCAAGGGCGCGGGCCAGGAGGCGGGGCUGCAGGUGUGGAGGGUGGAGAAGCUGAGUCCCGUGGCCGUGGCGCGCAACCAGUACGGCAACUUCUUCACGGGGGACGCCUACGUGGUGCUCAACUCGCUCAAGGCCGGCGGAGGAACCCUGAGCUACAACCUCCACUACUGGCUCGGUAGCGAGUGCUCUCAGGACGAGUCCGGCGCUGCUGCCCUGCUCACCGUGCAGCUGGACGACUCCCUGGGGGGGCGGCCCGUGCAGUACCGCGAGGUGCAGGGACACGAGUCCAACUCGUUCCUCUCCUACUUCAAGGGCGGCAUCAAGUACAAGGCGGGCGGCGUUGCCUCGGGCUUCAAGCACGUGGAGCCCAACCUGGCGGACGUGAAGCGGCUGCUGCACGUGAAGGGGCGACGCACGGUGCGUGCCACCGAGGUGCCGCUCUCCUGGGCGAGCUUCAACCAGGGGGACUGCUUCAUCGUCGACCUGGGGGCGAACAUCUACCAGUGGUGCGGCUCGGGCUGCAACCGCUACGAGCGCGUCAAGGCGUCCGAGGUGGCGCGCGGCGUGCGGGACAACGAGCGCAACGGGCGGGCGACGGUGCACGUGGUGGAGGAGGGCGAGGAGCCGGCGCCGCUGGCGGAGCUGCUGGGCUCCAAGCCGUCCCUUCCCGCGGGAUCCUCCGAUGACGUGGAAACGGAUCUCUCCAAUCGCAAUUCCGCCAAGCUCUACAAGAUCUCCGACGAGAGCGGCCGCAUGGAGGUGAAGGAGGUGGCGGCCGCGAGUCCCUUCCAGCAGUCGCUGCUCGACUCGAGAGACUGCUUCCUGCUCGACAACGGCUCUGCGGGGCAGAUCUUCGUGUGGAAGGGCCAGAAAGCGAACGCCGACGAGCGGAAGAAGAGCAUGAGCACCGCGGAGGAGUUCCUCAAGAAGAUGAAGUACCCUCCCAGCACCCAGGUGUCGGUGCUGCCCGAGACAGGGGAGACGCCGCUCUUCAAGCAGUUCUUCCUGGGCUGGAGGACCAAGGACGACGUGCUGACGCCCGGCAAGACGUACAACGUGGGCAGUGUCGCCCGCGUCCAGCAGGUGCCCUUCAACGCCUCCACCCUGCACUCCAACCCGGCCAUGGCCGCUCAGCACGGCAUGGUGGACGACGGCAAGGGAGAGGUUCAGGUGUGGCGCAUUGAGGGCCUGGACAAGGUGUCCGUGGAUCGCGCCACCUACGGACAGUUCUACGGCGGAGACUGCUACAUCAUCCUGUACACCUACAAGACGGGACAGAUCAUCUACACCUGGCAGGGAGUCAAGGCGACCCCGGACGAGCGAGCACGCUCAGCAAUGCUCACCGUGCAGCUGGACGACUCCCACGGUGGCUCUCCCGUGCAGGUGCGCGUGGAGCAGGGCUACGAGCCCCCCCACCUGCUGAGCCUGUUCGGGGGCAAGCCCCUGGUGGUGCACGCGGGGGGCACCUCCCGCAAGGGGGGGCAGAGCCCCCAGGCCCCCACGCGCCUCUACCAGGUGCGCAGCUCCUCAGCGGGCGCCACCAGAGCCGUCGAGGUGGCGCUGAGCGCCGCCUCCCUGAACUCGAGCGACGCCUUCGUGCUGCUGGCGGGCGGCGCCGCCACCGUGUGGAAGGGCAAGGGAGCCGAGAAGGCCGAGCAGGAGGCCGCCGCCUACGUCGCCAAGCUGCUGGGGGGCGGCGGGGUCAAAGAUGUGGCCGAGGGGAAGGAGCCCGCUGAGUUCUGGUCGCUGCUGGGCGGCAAGAAGGACUACCAGAGCUCGCCGAGACUCAGCACCAACUACAACGACCACCCGCCCCGCCUCUUCGCCUGCUCCAACAAGACCGGCCGCUUCCAGGUGGAGGAGGUGUCGGGCGACUUCACCCAGGACGACCUCGCCACCGACGACGUGAUGCUGCUCGACGUCUGGGAGCAGCUGUUCGUGUGGAUCGGCAAGGAUGCCAACGAUGUGGAGAAGCAGGAGUCGCUCAAGUGUGCCACGUCGUACCUGCAGACGGACCCGUCGGGCAGGGGGAAGGGCACCCCCGUGGUGGUGGUGAAGCAGGGACACGAGCCCCCCACCUUCACCGGCUGGUUCCUCGCCUGGGACCCCACCAAGUGGGACUCGGACCCCUUCGAGAAGAUCAAGGCGUCGUUCAAGUAGGGCGGGGAUCCGAGGCGAGGAGACGGCCGCAGCAGCAGCACCAGAAGCUGGUGAAGCUGCAGCUGCUGCUGCUGCUGCAGCUUCUGCUGCUGCUGCUGCUGCGGUCACCGCGUGGGCAUUUGUGGUCGUUGCGCGGCGGAGCGACCCGCAGGUUAUCCAGGCACUCCGCUUCCACCCCGCCCGCUUUCGUCUGACAGACCAGCUCGUCACGGUCGUUCGAGACGUAGCUCGCGACAAGGGCGGAGCCCGACGCGUGCAUCGAUAACACUGUGGCCCUCGAGGGAACAAAAAAUAUUUAACGUUUCGGGCAAUGGCCCUUCACCCGUGGCGCAUUCACGGCACAGACCUCUGUGCCACGAAUAUUGGCCCACUGUCAUCGACGAUCGUGUCGAGUUGUUUGUGUGAUUGUUUACUCGCCUCUGUCUACGCAGUAUCACAAAUCAACCAUCGGGAGAGAGACGCUUCGCCUUGGCUAUAAACGCUGACGUUUGAACUUCGAUCUCACUGGACGGGACAAAUCAUUUGGCGGUGGUGCUGCUGCUGCGUUGGCAGUGGUGCAAAAGCACAAUUGACAAAAUAAAAGCGUAGCACAUUUGCUAUGAAGAAGGUCCAUUGCCCGAAACGUCACGUGUUACACGUACUUUUCCUUUAAAGCCACGCAGUGUUAUUGACGAACGCGUUGAGUUUUCUGUUGUCAACUGACUGGGCAGUGAGAUAAGCACGAGAAGCCUGGAGGUGUCUGGCUGGUGAUCAGCUCGACGCACGAUCCACAUCGCUUUUGCAUCACGCGGGUUAUUGUUGCUCUCAUCAUUAUUUUUGCAACGCCUACUGCCGGGGAGAAAAACGGAACGCAUUCCAAGUUUGCUUUAGUACGCACCCCUUGACCCCGGCGGCGACGGUGGCAUGUCUUUUGUACGCUUUGCAGUAGCGCGGUUGGUGUGGACGCGCGUGUUAUUCCGCCCGCCUCGGCAGCCUUACGUGCUAAGCUCGCGAGCGCUUUCAAAAAUGAACGAAUAAAUAAAUAAAGGCCAUUUUACUCGCGUGAGAA